UUCCAAUUCAUUUUUCAAACAUCUUCUUUCUUAGUCCUCAUUACUUUCCAAAUCGGUAAUGCAUUGUUCGACAUUUUCGCAUAAAACUAACCCACAUCGUUUCAAUAUGACGCUCCAGGUCGGGGAUCUAAAGCUGCUGACCUAACAAACAGACUGUUAUUCAUGAUAGCCAAGGACAAUAUGCCAUUCCAAACAGUGGAGAACUAGGGAUUCAAGACUUAUACAAAGGAAUUGUGCCCCUUGUACAAGCUUUCGAGUAGGAAAACCGUGACAAGUUUGAUGGAAGAAAAAUACGAGGUGCUAUCGAGCAUGAUAAAAACGCGGUUAACAACUGUAGAGCAUUUAUCUUUGACGACGGACGUUUGGACUGAUUCCUUAAACGCAAAAAGUUCCUUGGGCGAAACAAUUUAUUUUGUAGUAGAUGCGAAACACAAAUCUAACGAAGAAAAAUAACGAAGAAAACGAAGCUCCAGGUUUUAAAAAGGAUAAGACUCGUGUAACGAUUGCUGCUUGUUGUAAUGCCGACGGUUCAUGUAAACUGCCCUUGGUUGUAAUUGGUAAAUCAGCAAAGCCUCGAAAAUUAAAAAAUCAAUCAAAAAAUACAUCCUAUCAGAAAAAUUGCUGGAUGACGGCUCAGCUUUUCAAAGAUUGGUUUAAAUCGGAAUUUGUCCCUCAAGUAACAGAUUUUUUGAAAAAAUCUGGUCUUCCAGCAAGAGCAGUACUGCUUAUCGAUAACUGUAAGGCUCAUUUAUCUUUAAAAGUUGGUGAAAUUGAAACAAUGUUUUUUCCUCCGAAAGUUACUUCGAUUAUACAACCACUCGAUCAAGGUAUUUUAGAAUGUUUAAAAAUAAGAUAUAAAAACACACUUUUUACAGAAAUUUUUAACGCACAAAAAAAUAAUGAUUCUGACAAAGAAUUCACGAAGACUAUUUCUCAAAAAGAAACAAUUGAUUGGAUCAGUCAAUAUUGGAAUGAAAUUUAUUCAUUCACAAUUUAUAAAUGCCGGAAUCGACUAUUGACAAUUGAUACUCGUGAAGUAGCAACACAAACAGAAAAUGACUGAAGUUUUGACUUGUUU